GUGGUGCUCGAAUUUCCAAGAACCUGAUUUUGUGGGAGAGCACUACCUCACCAACGCCGUCAGAGGUACCAAUCUUCGUACCAUUGUUAAGAGUGUUUCUCUCUACGAUCCACUUCUCUACAGUUCACUUCCUGCCAGUUUAUCUCGUAUUGUUAUUAAUUUCUACUUAUUGUCUAAUCAAACUAUGCGAGUGGAAGAAACAAUCAAUAUACCAACUGCUGUUCCCACAUCAAGUUUUCCGAUUGAGGAUAUGAUCGGUCAAUGUGAGGGCUUGAUUCUCUUGUGCGGUAUCAAUUAUUUUGAUCCGAUUUUGCUUUUGAAUCCUGCAACACAAGAGCUGAAAACCCUCCCUCAGUCCUCUGUUGAGCGUCCUCCCGACACGAAUAGGGUCUAUUUUACCGCAUUGGGUUUGGGUUAUGAUUGUUGCACUACUGAUUAUAAGGUGGUGCGCUUUGCUGUUUACUCUCAUUACCCUGAGGGCUAUCCUAUUGACCAAGUUGAGUUAUACACCCUAAGCAGUAAUUCUUGGAGACCAAUUACUAAUCCCUUCGGGCCUGUUGUGCUGCGCCAAUCACGUUUCAACAUAUAUUUGAACGGACACUGUCAUUGGUGGUUGACUCAAAUGCCGUAUGAAGGAGAGAAGAUCCUUGCAUUUGACAUGACACAAGAGACUUUUAAAGCUAUGGAGUUACCCUCUUGUUCUGAGUUUAUCUUUCAUUGGUUGGAACAGGAGCCGGAACUUAGAGUAUUUUGUAAUUAUCUUGCUGUUUUUGCACAUUCAAGGGAGAAUAUGGACUGCUUUGAGAUAUGGGUAAUGAAAGAGUAUGGUGUCAUGGAGUCUUGGACAAAACGACUGGUGAUUGGUCCAAUCGCAGGACUUGGAGGAGUUCGAGAACUGCUAGGAAUGUGGAAGACUGGUGAAUGGUUCUUCAAGACCAAUGAACGUCGGUUAGCAUUGUUCAAUCCUCACACCAAGUCAAUUAAGGAUCUUGAGAUCCAUCACUGUCCUAAUGCAAGGUCUGGAUUGAUGCUUUCUAUCUUUACUGAGAGCCUCUUUUCGCUCAAUGGAAGAUGAUAAUCUAUUUGGAAUAGUUUGAGGUUUUAAGUUGAAAUAAAAGAAAGAAAAAAGCAAGGAUAACUGUGUUAUAUUGGCUGUUGCUUUACUAUUGAGUAUUGAUUGUUCUCCAAGUCUUUUACUUGUUCAUUGGAGUUUUCUGCUGGCCCUGUUAUUAUGUUUUAUGGAUUUGUCCUAAUGAGCAACCACUCAAUUUAGCUAAUCUAAAAUUGCUAGAUCUUUUCAUGUAUGCUAGUUGGCGAUAUUAGUGUUGUUCUCCUGCCUUGAAAACUUAGAAUGUUAUGUUAUUUAGCUUAGUUCGGUGCUCUGAAGGAAAGAUUUUAAACUCUUUCAAGU